CUCAUGUGAACGACGCUUCCUGCACCCAGAUGAGCCCCCCAGGGCUGACGGGGCAUUUUCGGCCCAGAUAGCCGGUGGGCUCCCACCCACACCCGCCCCCCCCGCCCAUCAGAAUGCCGUCCACCAGCCGAGCGGGCAGCCUGAAGGACCCGGAGAUCGCCGAGCUGUUUUACAAAGAAGAUCCGGAGAAGCUCUUCACCGACCUCCGGGAGAUCGGCCAUGGAAGCUUUGGAGCCGUUUAUUUUGCACGGGAUGUGCGCACCAACGAAGUGGUGGCCAUCAAGAAAAUGUCUUACAGUGGGAAGCAAUCAAACGAGAAAUGGCAGGAUAUCAUUAAGGAAGUGAAGUUCCUCCAACGGAUUAAACAUCCAAACAGUAUAGAGUACAAAGGCUGCUACCUGCGGGAUCACACAGCAUGGCUUGUUAUGGAAUAUUGUUUAGGAUCAGCUUCAGACUUACUAGAAGUUCAUAAAAAGCCGUUGCAAGAAGUGGAAAUUGCUGCAAUCACCCAUGGUGCUCUCCAAGGAUUGGCCUACUUGCAUUCCCACAACCUGAUCCAUCGGGACAUCAAGGCAGGGAACAUUCUACUGACGGAACCCGGGCAGGUGAAGCUGGCUGAUUUUGGGUCGGCCUCCAUCGCUUCCCCUGCCAAUUCGUUUGUGGGGACCCCCUACUGGAUGGCCCCAGAAGUGAUCCUGGCCAUGGACGAAGGGCAGUACGACGGUAAAGUUGACGUGUGGUCUCUCGGGAUCACCUGCAUUGAAUUAGCGGAACGGAAGCCUCCGUUGUUUAACAUGAACGCCAUGAGUGCCUUAUAUCACAUAGCGCAGAAUGAAUCCCCCCUCCUCCAGUCCAGCGAGUGGUCUGAUUAUUUCCGAAACUUUGUAGAUUCCUGUCUCCAGAAAAUCCCCCAAGACAGACCAACGUCCGAGGAACUCCUGAAGCACGUCUUUGUGGUCCGAGACCGCCCGGAAACCGUGUUAAUAGACCUAAUACAGAGAACCAAGGACGCCGUGAGAGAGCUGGACAACCUCCAGUAUCGCAAAAUGAAGAAGCUCCUCUUCCAGGAGGCCCACAACGGACCAGCAGUGGAAGCCCAGGAGGAGGAAGAGGAGCAAGACCCCAGCAUGGGCCGGACGGGAACGGUGAACAGUGUGGGGAGCAACCAGUCCAUCCCCAGUAUGUCCAUCAGCGCCAGUAGCCAAAGCAGCAGCGUCAACAGUCUUCCAGACGCUUCCGACGACAAAAGCGAGCUGGAUAUCAUGGAAGGAGACCACACGGUGAUGUCCAACAGCUCCGUCAUCCAUCUGAAGCCGGAGGAAGAAAACUACAGGGAGGAUUCGGAUGCUCGGCUGAAAGGAUCGGAGCCCCAGUCACCACCCCAAGGGACGCGCCACCGAUCCCACUACCGCAACCGAGAGCACUUUGCUACCAUACGCACAGCUUCACUGGUAACCAGGCAGAUGCAGGAACAUGAGCAGGACUCAGAGCUGCGGGAACAGAUGUCCGGCUACAAGCGCAUGAGGCGGCAGCACCAGAAGCAGCUGAUGGCCCUGGAGAACAAGCUGAAGACCGAGAUGGAUGACCAUCGCCUGCGCCUGGACAAGGACCUGGAAACGCAGCGCAACAAUUUUGCGGCGGAGAUGGAGAAACUCGUCAAGAAGCACCAGGCAGCCAUGGAGAAAGAGGCGAAAGUGAUGGCCAACGAGGAGAAGAAGUUUCAGCAGCACAUCCAGACGCAACAGAAGAAAGAGCUGAACAGCUUUUUGGAAUCCCAGAAGAGAGAGUACAAACUCCGCAAAGAGCAGCUGAAAGAGGAACUGAACGAGAACCAGAGCACCCCCAAGAAGGAGAAGCAGGAGUGGCUGUCCAAGCAGAAGGAGAACAUCCAGCACUUCCAGGCCGAGGAAGAGGCCAACCUGCUGCGGCGCCAGAGGCAAUACCUGGAGCUGGAGUGCCGGCGGUUCAAGAGGAGGAUGCUGCUGGCCCGCCAUAAUCUGGAGCAGGACCUGGUCCGGGAGGAGCUGAACAAGAGGCAGACCCAGAAGGACCUGGAGCACGCCAUGCUGCUGCGCCAGCACGAGUCCAUGCAAGAGCUGGAGUUCCGGCACCUCAGCACCAUCCAGAAGAUGCGCUGCGAACUCAUUCGGCUGCAGCACCAGACCGAGCUGACCAACCAGCUGGAGUACAACAAACGGCGGGAGAGGGAGCUGCGGCGGAAGCACGUCAUGGAGGUCCGGCAGCAGCCCAAGAGCCUGAAGUCCAAGGAGCUUCAGAUCAAGAAACAGUUCCAGGACACCUGCAAGAUCCAGACCCGGCAGUACAAGGCCCUGCGGAACCACCUGCUGGAGACCACGCCCAAGAGCGAGCACAAGGCCGUGCUGAAGCGGCUGAAGGAGGAGCAGACCCGCAAGUUGGCCAUCCUGGCCGAGCAGUACGACCACAGCAUCAACGAGAUGCUCUCCACGCAAGCGCUGCGUCUGGACGAAGCCCAGGAAGCGGAGUGCCAGGUCUUGAAAAUGCAACUACAGCAGGAACUGGAGCUGCUCAACGCCUACCAGAGCAAAAUCAAGAUGCAGGCCGAGGCCCAGCACGACCGGGAGAUGCGUGAACUGGAGCAGAGGGUCUCCCUGCGGAGGGCUAUCCUGGAACAGAAGAUCGAGGAAGAGAUGUUGGCUCUGCAGAACGAGCGCACGGAGCGGAUCCGAGGCCUGCUGGAGCGCCAGGCGCGGGAAAUCGAGGCCUUUGAUUCGGAGAGCAUGCGCCUGGGCUUCGGCAACAUGUUGCUCUCCAAUCUCUCCCCCGAGGCCUUCAGCCACAGCUACCCCGGAGCCUCCAGCUGGUCCCACCACCCUUCAGGAGGUCCGGGCCCUCCCUGGGGCCACCCCAUGGCAAGCCAGCCACAGGCCUGGGGCCAUCCCAUGCCAGGGGGCCCCCAGCCGUGGGGACACCCUUCGGGGCCCCUGCAGGCAGUGCCACGGGGCGGCUCGCUCGGGGUCCGUAACAGCCCCCAGGCCCUGAGGCGGACGCCUUCCGGGGGACGGACAGAGCCGGGCAUGAGCCGCAGCGCCAGCGUCACCUCGCAAAUCUCCAAUGGGUCACACAUGUCUUACACAUAAUACCUUCCGUUCGGUGCCCCCCUUUUUUACGGGCUGGGCCACCCCGCCGGCGCCGUCUGCCCGCCCGCAGGAACUGCCAACAAGGCCUCUUCUCCACCUCCCCUACCACCACCACCCCACCCCCCAGGAACCGGUCCCCGGCAGCGCAGGCUUGGGGAAGGGAAGGGGGGGGGCUGCCGUUCAGCGGGGCCCGUCUCUCGCGCGCGGCAAGUCUUGCGUUCCGCGUUUGCUAUCUGGAAUGUCGUAGUAUUUGGCUGUAGCGUGGCGCUCUCUCUCUCUCUCUCUCUCGCCUGACAUAGCACCGGCUUUAAGGAAGCUCCGUGCAAGGCAGAAGGGGUGGCAAUGCCUCACCCCCACACACACACCCCCUCGGGGCUGUGGGGAGAGCAGGGUCCCCGCCUUCUCUCCAGCUCAAGGAAGGCGAGAGGGUUUCCUCCCCCCCCCCCCCCUUUAGCCCCGCGGGUAACUUUGCCCAGUGGGGCCUGGAGUCCCGGCGCCUUUCCUUUUCGUGUCGGUUCAGCCGCCCCCUCCAACACC